UCUAAACUUGGUAGCGGCUACCGUGUGAUGCAGGUGCAGCGUGACCAGGUCUCUUGCCUUAAGUAUAGUCACUUCACACCAGAAUGCUGGAAUGGUGAAAAAGUGAGCUUUUCAGUGAGCUUCUGAAGGAUCUUAUUAGCACAGUGUCAUCUCUGAUUCAGCUGAUUCUGUGAGCUGCCAGUUAAAUAAGGGUGGAAACAUGUCCCAUCACCUGCCCAAGUCAGGUGCUCAAAAGUUCAUUCUGGGGUUCCUCUUCACCUGCAUCACAAUGGUUCUGUACUGCCUUUCUACACCUGCUCUCCAGGCCAGCACAGAAAGACUUCCACUGACUCCUCCAUGUACAUAUCAAACAACUACAAUGCAAGGACGGAGCUCCUAUCUGUCUCGGGACACCAGAGAGUUGAAGCGCUGCAUACCAAAAGCGAACCUGAUGUUCCUAAAGACCCAUAAGACGGCAGGCAGCACCAUCCUGAACAUCCUCCUCCGCUUCGGCCAGAGAAAUCAGCUGAAGUUUGCUCUUCCCAACAGUCGCAACGACUUCUUCUACCCGGCUCCUUUCGACCGCAUGCAAGUGAAGGACUACAGGCCAGGCGCCUGCUUCAACAUAGUCUGCAACCACAUGCGCUUCAAUGCGCCCGAAGUGGAGGCUCUCCUUCCACAAAACGCCUUCUUCUUCACCAUCCUCAGAGACCCGGCGCUGGUUUUUGAGUCGUCCUUCCACUACUACAAGAAGGUGGUACCCCUAACCUGGAGGAUUCAUGGGGAGGACAAACUGGGCACCUUUUUAAACGAGCCAGAACGCUACUUCAGCCCAGAUGGGUUCAAUUCCUAUUAUCUUAAGAACUUGCAGCUUUUUGACCUUGGCUACGACAACAGUUUGGAGCCCGAAGAUCCAGCAGUGGAUCAGGCCAUCCAGGCUGUUUCCGAGCGUUUCCAGCUGGUUUUCAUUUCCGAGUACUUUGAGGAGUCACUCAUUCUGCUCAAGGAUGCCCUCUGCUGGCAGAUGGACGACUUGCUUUUUUUUAAGCUCAACGCACGUAGAGGUGCGAGUGUAUCCCAGCUCACGCCUGAACAGACAGCCAAGGCCCGUGACUGGAACGGUGCAGACUGGAAGCUGUACCGUCACUUUAACACCACUUUGUGGGCCAAGGUGGACGCCUACGGCAGGAAGCGGAUGGAGAGGGACGUGCGGGAACUGCGCAGGAGGAACAUGGAGAUGUCGACCAUCUGCAUCGACGGCGGGACGGCGGUGGAGGAGGGAGACAUAAGGGACCAAAGCAUGAAGCCCUGGCAGCCGCUGGGAGAAAGCUCUAUUUUGGGAUACAAUCUGAAGACCAACAUUGACCAGAAGUACAGCGAGCUCUGCCGAAAAAUGCUAACCCCUGAGAUCCAGUACUUGGCAGAACUUGGAGUCAAUCUGUGGAUCACCAGAUUAUGGGGCUGGGUUAAGGUUAUUUUAUCAUUAUAGCAAACAGAAAGACAAUGUGGCAACAGACCUCAUGU